AUGGCCAUGUCAGCGCUACGGACGGUGGUGGUGCCGCCUACAGGGGGUGGAUUCCCGUCUGCGACUGUGUUCCUUCUGCAUGGACUCGGAGAUUCGGCGCAAGGAUGGCUCGAUGUGGCCAGGAUGCUGGGGCGGAAUCAGGCUCUGCAGCAUGUGCGCUUUGUGCUCCCGACGGCGCCCACUCAACCUGUGACCGUCAACAUGGGCAUGUCGAUGACGUCCUGGUUUGAUUUGUACUCUUUAACGGAUCUGGAGCAGGGCGAAGACGAGGCAGGUAUGCUGAGCAGUGUAUCAUCUGUCAUGAAGCUGGUGGAGCAAGAGACAGAUGGCAGUGCGCCAGGUCUGAACGGUCACAGGGUCCCGAUGAGUCGCAUUGUGCUGGCGGGAUUCAGUCAGGGUGGUGCGAUCGCGCAACUGCUUGGACUCACGUCCAAGGAACGCCCCGCGGGUGUGGCGGCCCUCUCAACAUGGCUGCCACUGCACAAGAAAAUCUCUUCUCUGCGCGCGAGCCAGCAAACCUACCCCUUUUUCCAAGCUCACGGCACGGCGGACCCGAUGGUCGACUACGAGUUUGGCCGCCGCUCAUUUGAGGCAGUCCAAAAUGAUCUUGGAUUCGGCCACCAAGCCGAGUGGCAUGAGUAUCAGAUGCCACACUCGGCCUGCCCUGCCGAAAUCACAGAUCUGGCUGCGUGGCUAGAACGUGUCCUUGGUCUAUAG